AUGUUCAACGAAUACCUACGGUUGGGUGAAACAAGCUGCUCGACGGCGCUGAGGCAGUUUUGUAAUUGUAUCCAAACCAUCUUCGGUCCGGAGUAUCUACGGAAGCCAAAUGCCGAUGAGUGCCAGAGAUUGAUAGAUAUGCACGGGCGAGUGCAUAAUUUUCCGGGGAUGAUGGGCAGCAUCGAUUGCAUGCACUUUGGGAGUGGAGGAAGCUGCCCGGUUGCUUGGAAGGGGCAGUUCACAUCUGGAUUCAAAGGAAGACACCCAACAAUGAUACUGGAAGCUGUUGCUGACUACCGACUGCGAAUCUGGCAUGCCUAUUUUGGUGUUGCGGGGUCGAACAACGACAUCAACGUACUAGAUUCGUCCCAUCUCUUCAAUAAUGAGUGCCGGGGUGAGGGUCCGACGGUCAGAUUCAUGGCCAACGGGACGCGGUAUACAACAGGGCAUACUACUUAG